AUGAUUACUUCUUUGUCUAUUGUGGGAGCUGGAAAUUGUGGAUGUGCGUUCGCUGCUGAUCUUGAGAGUCGUGGUAUCAGGGUACUGUUAUAUGCUCACCCCGAUCAUAGCAGCAACGUCGAUGCCAUUGGAAGGGAUGGCUUUCUAGAUUCCAUCGGUGUAGUAGCAGGUCGAUUCUACCCAAUUGUCACUACGAGCAUGAGAGAAGCCCUCCAAUUCUCAAAUGUUGUCAUUCUCGCCGUUCCAUCCUACGCCCAAGACGACAUCUUAUCCGAACUGGAGAAAUUCGAUGUCAGCGACCAUAUCAUCAUUGCUGCGAGCGGCAAUUUCUUUACGCUUGUAGCUAGCAAACGCAUCCGAGCCCGUUACCUGCUGGAGACAAGCGCUUCUCCUUACGGAUCUCGGGUUAUUGGUGGCAAAUACAGGGAGCAACAGCAUACUGUCUCAUGGUAUGGUAUCAAUGUUUUCGGCUUCAAGACCGUAAUGCCAAUCGGCUCGCUACCCGCCGACAUCGAUGAAAAUCUCCGUGCAGACAUAGGGACGAUUUUCCCAGGAACGCUCCAGUGGUGCAGCAACGUCAUCGAGGCCGCAUUCUAUAAUUUCAAUGGCGUACUCCAUCCGAUUACAGCUGUUAUGAACGCGGGCUGGAUAGAGCAUACAAAAGGCGACUUUUACUUCUAUCAAGAAGGAAUGACACCCUCUGUCACCAAGAUGAUGCAGGCAAUCGACAACGAAAGAGUGGCCAUUGCACGCGAGUAUGGGGCUCGAGUAGUCUCUUGCUUGAAGCAAAUGAAUACUUAUUAUGGGAUGAACCAUGGGUCAUUGAAUGAAUUUGCCAAGGGGUCUACGCUCCACAGCACGAUGAAGCUGUGUCCGACAAGCAUGCAACACAGGUAUCUAGCAGAAGACCUGCCUUACGUAUUGGUGCCUUGGUACGAGCUGGGCUUGAAAGCGGGAAAGCAGUCCCCUUUUAUCAGAUCGCUUAUUCUUUGGUGUUCGAUGAUAAACAGCACCGAUUACCUAGGAGUUGGGCGUAACUUGAAGGCGCUAGGCCUCGCUGAUUGGUCGCUGGACGAAAUCUUGUCCUAUAUCAAUGCUGAGGAAUUCACCCCUUUUGAUGUGCAAUGUAUGCCUGGGAACAGUUUGGAUCUUAACCGCCUGAUGUUAUAA